UAUAAACUCAUUGAUCCCUUCCAUUUCUCAGUCCUCUGAAGUCUGCACCUGUCUCUCCACUUCACAGUUUUUCCAUUUGCAGCGAUGGGUAUGGCAAUAUCUCGGCUUUUAAAGAUGCUCUUUGCAAAGAAAGAAAUGAGGAUUUUGAUGGUAGGUCUUGAUGCUGCUGGAAAAACAACCAUCCUGUACAAGCUGAAACUCGGAGAGAUUGUUACUACAAUACCUACCAUUGGUUUUAAUGUGGAAACUGUUGAAUACAAAAAUGUAAGCUUCACAGUUUGGGAUGUAGGAGGUCAAGAUAAGAUCCGCCCUCUAUGGAGGCACUACUUUCAGAAUACACAAGGUCUCAUCUUUGUGGUAGACAGUAAUGACAAAGAAAGAGUUUCGGAAGCCAGAGAUGAGCUUCAUCGGAUGCUGAAUGAGGAUGAACUACGCGAUUCAACACUGCUCAUAUUUGCCAACAAGCAAGACCUUCCAAAUGCCAUGAGUGUUUCUGAAAUCACUGAUAAACUUGGUCUGCAUUCACUCCGUCAGCGUCGCUGGUACAUCCAAAGUACUUGUGCCACCUCUGGCCAAGGGCUCUAUGAAGGUCUGGAUUGGCUAUCAAGCAAUAUCUCUAGCAAGGCAUAAUCUCAACUGCCAUUAAAGCUUUGGAAAAAAGGGACACCACAUUUAAGCAAGUUACAAAACUUCAUAUACCUUUGUCAUAUUGAAUAACUUUUACUUUGAUCAUAUUACUAUAAAUUUUGGAUGUAAUAUUGAAUAUAUAACUUCGACUGUGAUUAUAUUUCUAUAAAUUUUGAGUGUAAUAUUGAACAAA